AUGGCCUCUUCCAGUACAGACCCUUCAUCACUCCCACCCCUCCAGACCAAGCUCGGUCCAGAACUCCAACCAAAGAAGGCCUCUGCAGGAAGUGGCUCACGCAGCUCGCUCGAAAACGCAGACUUCCUAGCCAAUCUGCCUCCACCCAGGCAUCCGAUGUCCUACCGCGCUUCCCCUAACCAUGGCCAAGACGGAGCGAAUAGAAACCUUCCCGGUGGUACAGUCCCUCCCACAAAUGGAAGUAGCAGCAAUCGCAACUCAUCCAACUCCUCUAGCCACUGGGCGGCCACCGUCGCCGCUACCAAGGGGCCCUUACCUAGCGUCAUCUUUGCUAUCCCAUUCCCCGAGCCGGGGCCCAUGCUCCGCAAGACUUCCAAAACUCCCAUGUUCAUGAUAUAUUCACCUCCAAGAGCUAACUAUAUCAAACCUAAGCCAAUCAAUGGCAAAAAAGAGAAGGAGGGCCUCAUAAAAAAGGUUGAGCGGAAGUGGCAAGAAGAAGUCCAAGAGGGCAGUGACAUCAAGGCUGGGAAGAUUGAGAAUCCAUCGAACUGGAAAAAGUUCAAGGGCACCGUUCUCACUGCGGCCUCUAAGGCCCUAGCUUGGCUUCCGGACAGCAACAUCCAAGCCGUCGGCCGUCUACCACCUGGAAGAAAGAUUGGCUUGAUCACUGUCGUCUAUCCACACGAGGAUGAUGACUUGACUUGCAGACCCGUCGAUCGAGAGGCACAUGAUGUGAGACAAGGUCUGGAAAACAUCCUCAGACGCACUCGUAAAAAGGCGUUGUUAAAAACCGGCGCAUCUGCUCUACUGUUACCCCUCACCGCGGCAAUUGAUAUUUUUUGUAUUGUACCGAUCUUCCUCUUUGAAAUCAACAUCGUCUAUUUCAGUCUUCACGUUAAUGGUGCACGGAAGAUAGCCAUGCUCACCCACGCAAACUCGAAAGCGAAGAAGCAGAGUGUGGCGAGAUCGGUGGGAACGAAACCAGGAAAAUUCAUGAGGUUGAAGCAGAAAUGUCGACGAGGAGGGCGGAAGCAGCAGACCGAAUCAGAGGCGGAGCCUGAGCCCCACCCGGCGUCGCCACCGCUACCGAACGAGCCGGCGCCAGGAGAGAUCUUCAACAUCCAGAAGUCGCGUCCCAACGUCUUUCAGCCGGUGAUGGCCAACCUCUACGCACUCUGCUCCGCUAGCAACCCCGCCGCGUUCCCCUCCAAGCCUAAGGGCUCCCUCGUCCCGCCCUACCGCCCCGACCAGCCCAUGGUCGUUGAUCUCAUCGCCGCAUUCAAGGAUUGGGUGCCCGCUGACGUCGCCUUAAGACACAACCUCGACCCCCAAGUCGUCGCUAAAGAUCUUCGUCAAAGUAUGAAGAAAGCUACCAAGGACUACAUGCAUACUUUGAAAUCCGUCAAACCCAUCUCGUGA